AUGUCAACUCUGGGCUUGGAUCUCAUCUUCAAGUCGGGUACUGAUAUCCGAGGUGUCGAGGCCUCAAGCGCUAUGCCCGAGGCUAGCAGGCCUGUCGAGGAACCCAUGCGAACCCUAACGUUCGACGUUAGGGAAGAGCGCGACGGCAUCAAAAGGCUGUAUAUCCGUGCUCCUGCUUUCGAGAAUGCAUCGGUACUUCCAUUCGCUGAGAAAGCCAGGAAUAGGUCUGUCACUGAUAGAAUGAUAAUAUAUGAGAGACUCAAGUACAUGGAAGCUGAGGACAAGAUCGAACGUGUAAGCUGCUCGGAUGCUGCUAUCAUCCUUGAGCCG